GCAUUGACGUUCCAUCAGAUUUCCGAAUAUCCACUCUAACUGGACACACUUUUAGGAAAGAUGGAAAGAUAUGUUUGGACAAGGAUAAGAUUGUGAAAGAUUUUGAGAUCCUGGGCAAGGGAUUGGAGCCAGAAAUCAUGAGAAAUACAUAAAAUCGUUAAAACAAAAUUUGAAUUUCUUGCGCCACCUAGAUUUUCAUCUCGUAAACUCCUUUUGUGUGAUGUCAGUUUUUGGCGGGAAUUGCUACUUGUUGUUAAAAUUGUGCUCUACGAAAAAUCGAUAUUUCAGUAAAAAUCACUUAAACAAAUUAAUCAAAUGCUGUCGAAAAUGUGGAGAGAAAUAGCCUGUACAAGAUUACAAUUGCAACUGAAAGCGACACUGACCGGUGGACAAAGUUUCAGAUGGAAAAUAAUUGAAAAAGACAAUUCACGAGAUAAUGACGAGUACUUAGGAGUUAUGGGGAACAUCCUGUGGCUCCUGAGACAGACCGAAACGCAUCUUCAAUACAAAAUAAUUGGGGAAUUACCCUACGAAAAUUCCCAGCAGAUUGAAGUCCCGGAACUCAAAAAAUCAGACAAAAAGGACGAUUUGCUCUAUCCAAGAAGUCACUAUGAUAAUAUACUCACAAUGUACUUUCGGCUGGACAUCAAUUUGGAGAAAUACUAUGAUGAAUGGUGCAAAUCACAUGAGCACUUCCGAUCAACAGCCAGUAAAUUCCAUGGAAUUCGCGUCCUUGACCAAGAUCCCGUUGAGAAUAUCUUCUCAUUUAUCUGCAGCCAAAAUAACCACAUAUCCCGGAUCUCAUCGAUGGUGGAGAAACUGUGUACAAAGUAUGGAGAGAAGAUAUGUGAUUAUGAAGGAACAUCCUAUCAUGCCUUUCCGGAUGUUAAAAACCUGGCUCAAAAAACAGUUGAAUCUGAUUUGAGGAAUUGUGGAUUUGGCUAUCGUGCCAAGUAUAUUCAAAAAGCUGCUGAACAAAUUUUGGAGAAAGGAGAAUCAGAGUGGUUUGGUGAAUUGGAAAAGAAAGAGUACAAAGAAGCUCGAUCGGAGUUAAUGAGCCUUACCGGAAUUGGACCAAAAGUGGCCGAUUGUAUUUGCUUAAUGUCUCUCAAUCAUCUUGAAGCUAUUCCCGUGGAUACACAUGUCUAUCAAAUAGCUGGAGCAUUCUAUUUAAAGAAACUCCCAAAAAACAAAUCAGUCACCACGAAAGUAUAUUUGGAAAUUGGUGAUGAGUUCAGGAAAAUUUAUGGGCAUUUGGCAGGAUGGGCUCAAACAGUGCUCUUUUGCUCAGAUCUGCGACAAUUCAAACCAGAGAAAUCACUAAAGAGAAAAGCGGAGGGAGCUGAAUAGUUUUUGGAGGUCGUAAGGAACGAGAAAAGUGAUUUAUAAAAACGUGGUUUUCCUACCAAGAUUUUUUUUUAAGAUAAACCUUUGUAUUCUCCGA